AUGCCUCUGGCAACUCCCUUAAAUUUCCCAAAGUGGUUGGCUGAGAACCAGCACCUCCUGCAGCCGCCUGUGAACAACUUUUGUCUCUACAAAGGUGGCGAUUUCAUCGUGAUGGCUGUCGGAGGUCCUAAUGAGAGACGCGAUUAUCAUGUCAACGAGACAGAAGAAUGGUUCUAUCAACAUAAAGGCGGCAUGUUGCUACGGACGGUGGAUGAAGGCAAGUUCAGAGACAUCCAAAUCGAAGAAAGGGAGAUGUUCUUGCUUCCUGGCGAGUCCUCUCACAUUGUAAUGUGGGACACGGGAAUUGAUGACUCGUCUAUAGCCAACACACCACAUAACCCGGUUCGAUUCGAGAAUACAAUUGGUUUAGUCGUUGAGCGGGUUCGACCGGAAGGUUCUCUUGACCGGCUGCGAUGGUACUGCCCUUCGCCCUCUCAUGAGGAGCCAACCAUCAUCAGAGAAGAUUCUUUCCAUGUCACGGACCUUGGAACACAGCUGAAGCCAGUUAUUGAACGGUGGAUGAACGAUGCAAACAUCAGAACGUGCAAGAUAUGCGGCACCGUAGCCGAUGCUAAGUAA